AUGAACCCUCUCAGAGUGCCGCCCGGAAAUGUCCGGAUUGCGGCGCAUCGUGGCCACAGCGCCGGCGCACCUGAGAAUACCCUAACCGCGUUCCGCAGGGCCCAUGAGAUUGGCGGCAAAGGAGUGACCUGUGAGACGGAUCUCGCACUCACCAGCGACAAUGAACUUAUCUUGAUGCACGACGCGACCGUUGAUCGAACCACAAAUGGCCACGGACUGGUUCGGCGUAUGACUUGGUCAAAGAUUUCCAAGUUGGAUGCCGGCGCAUGGUUCAGCCAGGAAUAUGCUGGGGAACGCGUCCCCCGACUACGGGAUGCAUUACUCUUUGCGCGCGAGCUCGGGAUACUCUACCAGCUUGAGCUCAAGAUUUACGAUCAGAACGACAUAGUAUUUCGGAAACUGAGGGAGCUCAUCGACGAGCUAAAGUGCGCCGAUCUUUUGCAGUUCUCAUCGUUUGACUUUGCUCAAUUGAGGGAUCUCAAAGAGGCGUUCCCCCAAAUUCCGACAGUCGCACUUUCAUACUCGCGAUUCAUCGACCCCACGUCUCUGGCACGACAAGCCAACGUCGACGCUGUCAAUAUCGAAAUGCAGCAUUUUCCAAGCGGCGAAGUACAUCAGCUCCACCAGGAAGGCUUUGCGGUCUUUCUUUUCAUCCCAAGCCCGGAGUCGCUUGCGAAGCUCAAGUCGUAUGGGGUUGAUGUGGAGAGACAGAUCGUUGACUGGGUUCGGGAAGGAUUGUUGGAUCAGGUUGUCAGUGACGACGUUGCACAGACGAAAAGUAUUGUAGCUCAGGCACAGAAGUGA